GGAAAAUUUUCGCCCGAUUUGCUCAAUGCAGUCAACUACUGAUAUUAGUUUUAAUUUUUCCAUUAGCUGUAUUAAUUAAUAAACUUCGCAGCUUUAACAGAUUGACUGUACCUGUUCACAAAUUUUUGCAUAAAGUAUCUUGCGGAUGUAAUCAAUUGUGUGUUCUUCUGCAGAGCUAGUGCGAACUGAUAUGCACGAAAAUGGGUUUCACACCCAGAGGCUGCUGUGAACUGCGCUCAGCAUUGCGCCAGCUUGUGUCACAACACUCCGCUACAUAUUCCUGUUCCCCAUUGAAAUACGGAUCCCUCAAAUCGCCUUUUCUGUGCAUCUUUCCAAAGCAGCCAUGCAGAACAUACUUUGUUUCCCAAGGCGAGAAUUCACUCAAACCUCUUCUGAAGCGCUCAUUACUGCCUCUUACAGCCGUGCUCGGCACUUCGAGUUCUUCCAGGGAGCUGCAUACUUCCAGUUCCUGGUGUCAGGCCAAAAAGAAUUUUUAUGAUGUGCUGGGUGUGGGUAAAACGGCGUCGCAGAAAGAUAUUAAAAAGGCGUAUUAUCAGAUGGCCAAAAAGUACCAUCCGGAUACCAAUAAGAAUGAUCCACAAGCGCAGAAAAAGUUUCAAGAAGUCUCCGAAGCCUACGAAAUUCUUAGCGACGAAUCGAAGCGGAAGCAGUACGAUCAAUGGGGCACAGCCGGUAAUGAAUUCCCCGGGGCAGCACCAGGUGGAGGAGGACCCCGACCAGGCGCAGCACCUGGUGGCGGGUUCCAGUAUCAGGAUUUCUCCGGCCACAUUGAUCCGGAAGAACUGUUCAGACGGAUAUUCGGGAAUGCGGCGUUCACUGGCGGUGGCGGAGGCUUUGGUUUUGAGGAGGCUGAUUUCACGGAUAAUCUGCAGGGUUUCGCCCGCACCCAGGAGAUCAUGAUGGAUCUCACGUUUACCCAAGCUGCACGCGGUAUCAAUAAGGAUAUCCGCGUCAAUGUCACCGACACUUGUCCCUCCUGUGAGGGGACGAAAUGCGCGCCGGGCACAAAACCUGUGAAAUGUCCCAACUGCAGUGGAACGGGGAUGGAAACAGUCAGCACAGGACCGUUUGUGAUGCGCAGUACCUGUCGACAGUGCCGCGGCACGCGUGUUUACAUCAAAAACCCGUGUACGGAAUGCGAAGGGAAAGGCAAGACCGUACAGCGCAAAACCAUCACCGUCCCGGUUCCGCCUGGUGUAGAGGACGGGCAGACUAUCCGGAUGCCCGUGGGAACGAAAGAAAUCUUUGUCACUUUCCGCGUUUCGAAGAGUGAUAUUUUCCGACGGGACGGAGCGGAUGUGCAUAGCGAUGUGGAGAUUUCCAUCGGGCAGGCAGUGUUAGGCGGCACGAUGCGAGUGGAUGGAAUCUAUGACGACCACAAUGUCGAUAUUCCCCCUGGAACUUCAUCUCAUACUAAGAUAAAUUUACCAGGAAAGGGAAUUAAGAAAGUCAACAGCCAUGGAUAUGGCGAUCACUAUCUCCAUAUUAAAAUUAAAGUGCCCAAGAAGAUGAACGACCGACAGAAGGCUCUCGUAUCAGCGUAUGCAGUCACCGAGAAGAUCAAAGGAACAGUGAAUGUGUCGGGAGUGAAUGAGGAUACGAUAUCUCAGAAGGAACGCGGCCAGGUGUGAUUGUUUCGGUGGAUGUGACAGAUUGUUCUGCCAGUAGUGUUUCAUGUCGUGAUUUACAGUUUAUGGUAUUUUUAAUUUUACUGUUGAAAAAAGGCUGUUGUUGUUGCAGUUUUAGAUGAAUCCUCUUCGUCUGAUAAACUGUUUGGCAUGCGGUUAAAAUUCCAGUGCGUCGAGAAUAAAAUAAGCAGCGGCCAGCGUGA